CUGAGAUCAAAAUCUCCUGAUCGCGACGACGCUUAUCAACGGACAUCGGCAAACUCCAACUGUACACAACUCACUAAUCAGCUAAAUAGUUAAUAAAAGUUUAAUACUCACUAAGUUUUCAACCAGUCUGGAUUCAGAGCCAAGGCAAUUCGGAGUUUCGAAGGAUUGUGCGGAGAGUGAGAGAUCAUGGCGGGCUCCAUCAAUCAUCAUCGGCGCAGUACUUUCAGCGUUAUCUUUAUCGUCUGUUGUGGUCUGAUGGUUCUGGUUCUGGUUCUGGUGGCAGCUUCCGAAGCCAGCCGGGUUGAGCACAACUCGACGGAAACCUUUCGACGGGUUACCCGGGAUCGUAGACGCUACUGUGGCAAAACGCUGAGCGAUACCCUGGCCAUGGUAUGCAACAGCUAUCCGUCGCAUGGACGCAAGAAAUCGGAUCCUGCCGUUUCUUAUGAAGAUUCACUGGAAGGAUCCUAUCGUGAGCAGCUAGUAUCCGAAAUCAGACAAGACUUGGACGAACUGGAAGAGUUGGCUCCGGUAAUAUUCGAUAAACACCCGAGCCAGUAUCGGUCUUUCUUCUAUUACCCUCAAAUGGGUACCCAUUCUAAAAAUGGCGUUAUUCGCCACACCCCGGUGGAUGAUGCAAUGGUAACUUUUACGGUCGAAAGUGAUCCGAUUGAUGGCGGCUAUCAUCGGGUUCGUCGUCAGAUUGUAGACGAGUGUUGCCGCAAGAGUUGUACCCUGAAAACGUUGAAGCAGUACUGCGCGGAUUAAAAUACUUAGAAGAAGAUCAGUUUUUUAACGUGCUUUCUAUUGAAUUAGUGUACCUGUGUGAGAUUUAUUCCCCUGCUAAACGUAUUGAUUAACCGUUAAUAAAAUGACUUGAAAAGGUUGAGAUGACCACCUGA